AGAUAAGGUUUUGUACUUUGAAGCAGCUAAGGACAAAACAUAUUCAGGAAAAUUAGACCAAAAAUGGAAAGGAUCUUAUUAUAUCUAUCAAUUGUUAUUAAAUGGGUCAUACAAGAUAAGAGAAUUAGAUAGUCAUGUAUUCUGUACCCCAGUAAAUGGAGAUCUUUUAAAA